AUUUUCGGCUCAGUGCAUUUGCGGCGUUGCCGUGCAAACAGCAGCUAUGGCUCAGACAAGCUACACGCCGCCAGUAGGCUGCUUCGUGCGGGCCGGUGCCCAGACAGGCCCAUGCUUGCCGCAGGCGGGCAGCUUCCGGCCAAUGGUCGUGGUUCCAAGGGGGCGGGAUGUUCAGGUGUCUCUGCGAUCGCCGUCCAUCAGCUUGAGGAGGGAGGAGACUUCCCCAGUUCGCUGGACCGGGUUGGCGGCCCCAGCCUGGCCUGUCCCCUCCGGUAUUGCAAGGGAAAGCGCCGAAUGUCUAGAAUGGCCGAGCAAGCCAGGGGGUUGGUAACCGGCACCCUGCCUGAUGGUUAUGGCAGCCGGCUGCCAAGGGCUCAAUCUAGAAUUGGGGGUAGGCCCCAUGGCGUUAGGCUGGACACGCCGAUGUUGACUCCCCAGGCCGAGUACCGCUGCUUUAGCCAGGGGCCAGGUGCCACUGCCCGUCGCCCAUUCCCACACCUGGCGCAGGUGCAGGCGCAGGUGCCACAGGCGCACGUGCCACAGGCGCACGUGCCACAGGCGCAGUGCGUUCCCAGCCCACAGGCGGCAGCGCUCCUGGCAAUGUCUCCGCAGCUGGUAACACGUGGCAGUGCUCCGCCUGCAGGGCUCCGGCCGGCCAUUUGCCAGGCCUUUGCGUCUACGCCCUCCUUGAGGGAACCUGGCCCAGUCUUUCGCUCCAGGUCAUAUGCACCUCACCCGAUGCGGCAGUCGACAACUCCUGCCCAUGUUUGCGUGGCACAGCCGGUGAGGUCUGCAUCGCCUUGCCCUACGCGCCGGAUGCCCAGCAAGCUGCACUCAAGCUGCCUUUCAUCGGCUUGCGAGGGUCAUUCAAGAGGCUGCUCCCCUCAUCACGAGGGCAGGGAGAGCCGGACAGGGUCGCCCCGCAAUCCCUCCACUGGCGCCGCUGCCCGGAGCGUUGCUGAAGGGGGUGCCGCUGCCAGAUCCGCGACGCCGACCCGCCCUGAAGGACGGCCGGAGAAGUACACGGCCGGUACAGAGGUCUGCGUUGCCGGGCUCCGGGUGCGCUGCAAGGCAGUGCUGGGCCGCGGAUCCUUCAGUGAGGUCUGGGCAGGGGAGGUGAUGGGCACCAGCCACGAGCUCGCGCUGAAGGACAUUAUCUGCAAGACCAAGGCAGAUUUGGACCAAGCACUGCUGGAGGCGAGCCUGCUUGAGCGCUUUCAGCCUAUGGCCUCUGGCCCGGUUCCAGUGAUGCGAAUCCCGCGCUACUUGGGACACCGAGUAGACACUUGCGGAGAUGGCUGGCGCGUGUGCCUGGCAAUGUCCCGCGUGCCUGGAGAGUGCCUAGACAACUGGCUCAAGAAGCAGUCACCACUGAACCAGGAGGACGGCCCCAGCUCCGUGCGCAGGGGCUGUGCCUUGGCCAUGGCCCUCAUUCGGCAGCUGGGACCCACACUGGAGCUCAUCUCGCCCCACGUGUGGCAUCGCGAUGUGAACUCUCACAACAUUCUCAUCAGCGACGUGGAUGGCAGCCGCUUGGCCAGCUGCGACGAGGAGGACAUCUUCAACCGAGCCUCCUUCUGGCUGAUUGACUUUGGCCUGGCGGUCGAGAGCAAGACCUGGCCACAGCGCUGGCCCAGCUCCGACGUCGCCGGGGACUGCCGCUACUGGGCACCCAGCAGCUUUGUCAUGAGCUUCUGCGGGCCAGAGGAGACUGCCGCAAACCAAGACUUCUGCUCGCAGUACAAGACGAAGCUGGAUAUCGUUGGCUUAGGGCUCACGGCUUUGGAGCUGCUGUGCAGCACCUGCCUGUCGAGCCGCAAGACCUGGGGUCCGGACGGGCUCCGAGGCUCUUGGGAGCGGCUGCUGGACACGUGGGAGAGGUAUCGCGAAGACGUGACACGCUGGCACGCCAUGAUCUUCCAAGUCUUUACGAAGGGAGCUGACGUCGCCCCGCUCUACCGCAAGCUGGGCCAGGAGCGGGUGGUGGAGAGGGUGAUCUCACACAUCGCGGAGGUGAGGAAGUGCUUGAGGGCCUGCGUCAAUCGGGCCGAGGACCCUGCAAUCCAGCGGCUGCUCACGGUGCUGGCAGAGACCAUCGACGAAAAGAGCACCAGCGACAUGCGGCAGGUGCUCGAGCAGCUGGACCCACCCCGGGUCAUCAGCCGGGCCGCAGAUCACAGCGGCAAACUCCAGUGGUCCGCUCCACGGGAGGCCUCCGCAAGCCCGCAGAAGGAGCGGAAGGCGCGGCCUCCGGCGGCGAUUCUGGCGUCGGCGGGGCCCAUGGGGCCGAGGUUGCCCCGGGCGCCCUGCCGAGGAGCUUGAGCCGGGCGUCUUUGGCGUCGCUUAAGCUGUGGGCUUGCAGCUCGCCGUUUGAUCCCUGGCCCACUGAAUUCGCCUUGGCGGGAGAAGAAGUUAUUUGGACUGGACUCCAACUCAGUGAUGUGCAUCAAGCGCAUGAGUUUAAUUGACAUAAGCAUGUUGGCAUGUUUUGUCAAUCUUGCAAGGAGCCAGACAAAUUCGAACUGCAUGUGCCAAUUCCUGCUGGCCCUUCGCUAGCAGCAAGCCUCCGAGAGGGGUAAUGUGCCAAUUCAUGCCAGCAGCUAGUAGCACGCCUCAGGGGCAUGCCGCUGGAUGCUUGCAAAGAAAAAGCAGGCAAGCAGUCAGCCUGACAAACAUGGCCAGCCUCUUCGAGAUGCUUUGGUUGCUCAGCUUUGGCCAGCAUAUGAUGUGC